AUGGAGAAUCAGUUAUUUCCGCAAGCGAAAACACAUGGCAAAAAGACUGGCUCACCUCUUACUUAUUUGCCAUCACUUUCAGAAAAACGAGUUAAACCAUCGUGGAAGAAUUUUUCGCCAUCGUUCACAUUGGAUGUAGAUGGCACUCAGAAUGGUCCUGAACCUGAAUUAAAUGGAAGAUUAAAAGCGAAAUACACAACAGGCAAUCCUGUCAUUAAAAAAGAUCGCCAUAGUAAAUCAAAGUCAUGGGAUCCAACUAAAAGUAAGAAUGAGGGUAAACAGGCAGCAGCAAAUGGCCACACUACCGCUCCAUCCAGGAAGUUUAUUCAACCUAAAAGAGAUCGUGAAAAUUUUCGUAGCGCCAUCGUAAAUAUUAUCAUGCGAGAAGAAUCCCCUCCUUCAACACCUUCACUUCUCGAUGGCGAAUUACCGCCCAUUACUCGCUCCGGUUCGCCUAAUUCAGCAGAGAAAGAUAUUCUGCGCUAUUAUUACUAUAUACACAAUGGUAUUGACACAGAGCAUGUAGCACCUAUGGAAGAUCAAUGGCUUAACAAUGUUCUGUCAUUAAUUUCUGAACGUCUGAAGCUUGAUCGUGAUAAAAGUAUCGAAUUACUAUCGGACGAAAUGAGAGAAGAUUACUUAUUAAGCGUUAAAAAAGCAAUCGUUGAUUUUGUUCUCAAAGAUCCAAGAGAGAAUACGGAUGCAGAAAAAGAAGAAGUACUGCCCUAUAAAGCAGAGUUAGAAAAAGUACCAAAACCAUGGGCAAAAUCUUAUAUCGUCGGUAGGACCGUGAUCCUACAAGAGCUCCAUAUUACAAAUCCUACCAUGGCAGCAGUCUUGGACUUGUGGUAUAAAAACUACGGAGAUUUACGCCUGAUCUCAGUUGAAGAAAUACGCCAGCUGCCCGAUUCAAUGGAAUUACCUUUCUUUCAAAAUUUAAUUAUGCAACACAUAGAAAGUACCAAGGAUACUCUAACGAAGAGAUGGUUUCCAGCUAUACAAAAUAUAUUUUAUCAAGGCAAUAAGCGAAAGCAGGUGCCAUCCAACCAAAGCCCUCGACGAUUAGAUUCUUUCUUCAAUGCCGCCGCUACACUCAUGGGCAAUCACUUACAAAAUUUAGCUUUAAAUUCGCUAUCGGAUUAUAUGGAAAUGUUUUCGCCGAAUGAAAUGUCUGUUCUUGCUUAUCCUAAUCCUGGUUUUGUAAUCCGAUUGAUUGUGGAAGGAACACGUUUAAAAUUUGAGCCUGAUUUCGAAGACUUCGAGGCUAUUUUACUCAAUGUUUGUGAUAUCAUCAUUAAAGCCGUCUCAGUCAUUCCAAGAGUAGAGACAAAAUUAUAUCAAGACAUAUCAGGGAUUGGUAAAACUCAUCUAAAACCAAUCAUCUUGGAGGAGAUUUUAGUGGCUACCAAAGAUAGAAUCAAAGAAAUUAUUUGGCAUGAAUCACUUGGGCCUAAACAAUUUGCUAAAAACUUUAAUAAAUACGAGUUUUUAACCUUGAAACAGGCUGAUGAUGAUGUGGAGAAAUUCUUAAACGAAGACCAUAGUUUCAAGGAAUACAUGAAGGAAGUAGAGAAAUAUAGAAAUGUCAUGGAAGAUAUUAUUUAUAAGAUGCGGAGAGUAAUUCGCCUAGGAAUGUUUGAAUUACAUUGUGAUGAAGCAAUUCGUUCCCUCUCGAAGAGAGCAGAAAGUCUUAGCACAAGACUACUACGAACAAUGUCCGACAAGCAUCAGGAAUUGAAUAAGAAACUCUGUGCUGAGUACGAAAAAAUAGCUGAAAAAGCGCUCAUGUCGCCAACAAACACUCAACACUUGAUGGAAUUAAAGGAAUAUAUUGAAAAAGUGGAACUGGAUACUGUAUUUGAUCUAGAAGACGAUUUAGUCGAUGCUAAAGACAGGCUGUCCUAUUUGGCCGACUAUGUCUCCUUCUCACCAGCAGAGAUGAGACAAAAUAGCAACACCUUCCAAUGGCAUGAUCGAAUGUCGCAAAUCUUCAGCGAGCAUAAAUCUAUCAUUAAAUCUAGCAGAGUCCAAUUUGAAAAUAGCUUAAAACUGAGACGAGAAAGAUUUAUCGAAGAAUUGGAAGGAUAUAAUAAACAAUUGGAAGAAUUUAAGUCAUUUGGCGAUAUCCAAGAUAUCCAUCGAUACCUGAAGAAAGCACAAGCACUAAAUACUCGACUAGAAGCAGCUGCUGAUAAAAUUGAUGCCUUCAAUAAAGAAGAGGAAGCAUUCGAGUGGCAAUGUACUCAAUAUCCACUACGAAAUCAAAUUCUCAAUACGCUCAAUCCCUACUUACGAUUAUAUGAGCAAACAGUUAACUUCCAAAAUAAAUAUAAAUCAUGGUGGGAUGGUCCUAUUCAUGAAGUGGAUCCUGAUAAUGUCGAACAAGAGGUUGGUGCUUUCUAUCGUGGACUGUAUAAAUUGGAGAAAACAUUUGCAGAUUUACCAGCUCCCAAGAAAAUCGCUACCAAAAUUAGAAGCAAAGUGGAAGACUUUAAACAACAUUUACCACUUAUUUCUGUCUUGUGCAAUCCUGGACUUCGUGAUCGCCAUUGGGAUGAUAUGGCUGCUCAUACUGGAUAUCCCAUUAAACCGGAUAACGAAGCCACUCUUUCAAAGAUGGUUAGCUUAAAUUUAGAUUCCUAUCUGCCGCAAUUUGAAGGAAUCAGCGAAGCAGCCAGUAAAGAAUAUGCUCUAGAAAAAGCUCUAGCCAAGAUGAACGUUGAAUGGGAAGAUGUUUUAUUUAAAAUUAUCCCCUAUCGUGAAACUGGUACUUAUAUCCUCACAUCGAUCGAUGAUAUCCAAACUUUAUUAGACGACCACAUCGUUAAAACCCAAACUAUGCGUGGAUCACCGUUUAUCAAGCCUUUCGAGGAAUCCAUUCAUAAGUGGGAAAGUACAUUGAUCCUUCUACAAGAUGUUCUCGAUGAAUGGUUGAAAGUCCAAGCUACUUGGCUCUAUCUUGAGCCCAUCUUUAGCUCGCCAGAUAUUAUGGCGCAAAUGCCGGAAGAAGGAAGACGAUUUAGUACCGUGGAUAAACAUUGGCGAGAUAUUAUGAAAGCGGUCUUUGCUGAUCCACAUGUCUUAGCCGUAGCUGAAAUUGAUAAACUAGCAGAAAGAUUGAAAAAAUCCAACGAAUUACUAGAAUUAAUCCAGAAAGGACUGAAUGAAUAUCUUGAAAAGAAACGAUUAUAUUUUCCCCGUUUUUUCUUCUUAUCCAAUGAUGAAUUAUUGGAAAUUUUAUCGGAAACGAAAGAUCCUACACGUGUUCAACCUCAUCUUAAGAAAUGUUUUGAAGGAAUUGCUCGUUUAACUUUUACUGAAACUCUGGAAAUUACCCAUAUGCAAAGCAGUGAAAAAGAAAUUGUACCGCUAACAGAUGCUAUCUCCACUUCUAAAGCGCGAGGACAAGUGGAGAAAUGGCUGUUAGAAUUAGAAGGCAUCAUGAUUAAAAGUAUUCGCAAAGUUAUCGCCGAUGCCCGCGAUGCCUACGUUAAUUCAGCUAGGAAUCAAUGGGUAACCGAUUGGGUUGGACAAUCUGUCUUGUGUGUUUCACAAUUAUAUUGGACCAGCCAAGUCCAUGAAGCCAUUCGAGAAGGCCAUGAUAAAAUGAAAGACUAUCUACAAAAAUGUAAUAAUCAACUGAGUGAUAUUGUCGAAUUAGUGCGUGGUAAAUUAUCCGCUCAAAAUCGCGUUACAUUAGGCGCUUUGGUAGUGCUAGAAGUCCAUUCUCGCGAUGUCUUGAGUAAAUUAAUUGAUGAUAAAGUAAGCAGUGAAACUGAUUUUCAAUGGCUUAGCCAAUUGCGCUAUUAUUGGGAAAGCGAAAGUUUAAUUACCAGGAUGAUUAAUUCCACUUUAGCCUAUGGCUAUGAAUAUUUGGGCAAUACAGGCCGCUUAGUAAUAACGCCCUUGACGGAUCGAUGCUAUCGAACCUUAUUUGGAGCUCUUCAUUUGCAUUUAGGUGGUGCACCAGAAGGUCCUGCAGGCACAGGUAAAACUGAAACAGUCAAGGAUCUUGCCAAAGCGGUUGCUAAGCAAUGUGUGGUAUUUAACUGUUCAGAUGGCUUAGAUUACAUUGCUUUAGGUAAAUUCUUCAAAGGUUUAGCAUCUUGUGGUGCUUGGUCUUGCUUUGAUGAAUUUAACCGUAUCGAUUUAGAAGUAUUAUCCGUUGUCGCUCAGCAAAUUUUAACUAUCCAACGAGGCAUAAAUCAAGGCCUGGAUACUUUAUUAUUUGAAGGCACUGAAAUUAAAUUAGAUCCUACUUGUUCUGUAUUCAUUACUAUGAAUCCUGGCUAUGCUGGUCGAUCUGAAUUACCGGAUAACUUAAAAGCGUUAUUCCGUACAGUAGCCAUGAUGGUACCCGAUUAUGCUAUGAUUGCUGAAAUAGUUUUAUAUUCCUUUGGUUUCGUCACAGCUCGACCUCUUUCGGUCAAGAUUGUAGCAACCUAUCGCUUAUGUUCCGAACAAUUAUCAUCCCAACAUCAUUAUGAUUACGGUAUGCGAGCUGUUAAAUCGGUUUUAACUGCUGCUGGCAACUUAAAACUUAAAUAUCCCGACGAAAAUGAAGAUAUUCUCAUGCUACGUUCCAUCCAAGAUGUCAACUUGCCCAAAUUUCUAUCGCAUGAUCUGCCAUUAUUCGAGGGCAUUGUAUCUGAUUUAUUUCCUGGUGUUAAACUACCUAAGCCAGACUAUGCUCUUUUAUCCGCUGCAAUCGAAGAUAAUUGUAAACGAAUGAAUUUACAAUUAACCGAUACCUAUUUAACCAAGAUUUUGCAAUUAUACGAAAUGAUUACCGUUCGCCAUGGGUUGAUGAUUGUUGGUGAACCUUUUGGAGGCAAGACCUCAGCUUAUCGGGUAUUAGCAGCUGCACUCUCCGAUAUUGCUGAUCGUGGAUCACUCAACGAAAAUAAAGUACAAAUCACCGUCAUUAAUCCUAAAUCCAUUACCAUGGGCCAACUAUAUGGAUGCUUCGAUCCCGUAUCCCAUGAAUGGUCAGAUGGUGUUUUAGCAGUUAGCUAUCGCGCAUUUGCUACUUCAACCACUCAAGAUCGUAAAUGGUUAGUCUUCGAUGGUCCUGUCGAUGCUAUUUGGAUUGAAAAUAUGAAUACUGUAUUAGAUGAUAAUAAAAAAUUAUGCUUAAUGUCUGGUGAAAUUAUUCAGCUAGCACCAACAACCAACUUGAUAUUUGAGCCAAUGGAUUUGGAAGUAGCCUCUCCAGCUACUGUAAGUCGCUGUGGCAUGAUUUAUAUGGAGCCACAAAUGCUCGGUUGGCGACCUCUAAUGUUAUCAUGGCUGAAUAAUUUACCUAAGACCAUGAAUAGUGAUCAUAAAUUGUUAAUGACAAGUUUAUUUGAUCGCUUAGUACCACCUGCAUUGCAAUUUAUCCGUAAAGGCGGAUUUAAAGAAAUUUCAGCAACUUCCGAUACUAAUUUAGUCAACUCAUUAAUGAACUUGAUGGAUAGUUUAAUGGAUGAAUUCCGCGAUGAAGUUAAAUUUACAACGCUGUCUGAAUACGAAAUCAACUCAUGGAUCGAGUGUAUCUUUUUAUUUUCUUUUGUAUGGUCCAUUGGAGCAACUAUUACCGAAGAUGGCCGAGUUGUAUUUGAUACUUUACUACGUGAUCUUAUGCAAGAAGGUUUAUACGAUGACAAAGGCAAAAAAUAUGGUAUUAGCAUCACCGUUGAGCCACCUAUUCGACCAUUUAUAUGCCCUUUCCCAGAUGAAGGACUUGUUUAUGAUUAUCGAUUUAUUAAAGAAGGGCCUGGACGAUGGGAAGCUUGGACCGAUACAAUCAAUCAAUCAGCUGCUAUUCCAAAAGAUAUUACAUUUAAUCAAAUUAUCGUGCCCACCAUUGAUACUGUCCGCUAUAGUUAUUUAAUGGAAACAUUAUUAACCCAUGAUAAGCCGACGUUGGUUGUUGGCCCGACAGGUACUGGAAAAUCGACCUAUAUCCAAGAUUUCUUAUUAAAUCGCCUACCAAAGGAUACUUAUCGACCUGUAUUUAUCAACUUUUCCGGACAAACUACAGCUAAUCAAACUCAAGAUAUUAUCAUGUCUAAGUUGGAUAAAAGACGUAAAGGUAUCUAUGGUCCACCAUUAGGGAGGAGGACCAUCGUCUUUGUCGACGAUGUUAAUAUGCCGGCUCGCGAAAUCUAUGGAGCGCAACCACCAGUUGAAUUAUUACGCCAAUUCCUCGAUCAUAAAAUGUGGUAUGAUCGCAAAGAUAAUACACAGCAAAAAUUGAUUGAUAUCCAAUUAAUUUGUGCUAUGGGACCACCCGGAGGUGGCCGUAAUCCAGUUACUCCGCGAUUUUUACGCCAUUUCAAUCAAAUCACCAUCAACGAAUUCCAAGAUGAAACUAUGGAUCUGAUCUUUACCACUAUCAUCAAUUGGCAUCUUCAAACGCAAAACUUUAGCGAAGAAGUAACCGGAUUUGGUAGUAAAAUCAUCUCAGCUACCAAAGCAAUCUAUCAUAGUGCUAUGAAAAAUCUACUACCUACGCCUGCUAAAUCGCAUUACUUAUUUAAUUUGAGAGAUUUCGCAAGAGUGAUUCAAGGUGUUGCUUUAUCGUCACCUGAAGUUAUCACAACAACGGAUGAGCUGAAAAGGUUAUGGACUCAUGAAGUCUAUCGUGUCUAUUAUGAUCGAUUAAUUGAUGAAAAGGAUAAAAAUUGGCUAUUUGAAACGAUUAAGGGUGUCCAUAAAGAUCAAUUAGGCUCUGAUUUCUACGACUUAUUCCACCAAUACGAUUUAAAUCAAGAUGGUAACAUUUAUGAAGACGAUCUCAAUAGUUUAAUCUAUUGCGAUUUUAUGGAUCCCAAAUCUGAUUUUAAGCAUUAUAUAGAAGUCGAUAAUUUAGAUAAAUUACGAUCAGUUGUCGAAACUUAUCUGGAUGAAUACAACAAUAUGAGCAAAAAACCAAUGAAUCUGGUACUCUUUAGAUUUGCAAUUGAGCAUGUAUCUAGAAUUGCAAGAGUUCUCAAGCAACCUCGAGGGCAUGCUUUAUUAGUUGGAGUAGGAGGUAGUGGACGCCAAAGUUUAACACGUCUUGCAGCACAUAUCUGCGAUUAUGAAUUAUUCCAGGUCGAAAUGACCAAAAGCUAUUCAACUCUAGAAUGGAAAGAAGAUCUUAAAAGGGUUCUACGAAAAGCUGCUGAAGGGGAUGUACCAUGUGUAUUCCUCUUUGCUGAUACACAAAUAAAGCAAGAAUCGUUCUUAGAAGAUGUCAGCAACAUCUUAAAUACAGGUGAAGUUCCUAACUUAUUCCCAGCCGAUGAAAAACAAGAAAUUUGCGAAAAAAUGAGACAAAUUGAUAGAAUGAGAGAGAAAUCGAGACAAACUGAUGGUUCUCCGUUAGCUCUGUUUAGCCUCUUUGUAGAACGCGUCAGAAAUAGCUUACAUAUCGUGCUAGCUAUGAGCCCAAUUGGUGAAGCAUUCCGUAAUUAUCUUAGGAAAUUUCCAUCUCUUGUUAAUUGCUGUACUAUCGAUUGGUUUCAUUCUUGGCCAGAAGAUGCUUUACAUAUUGUUGCUCAACGCUUCUUGGAAGACACUGAUCUCAGCGAAAAUAUUCUUAAAGGUUGCGUUAACAUGUGUAAAUUAUUCCACAAAUCAACUAGUGACUUAUCAGCGGCAUAUCUAGCAGAAUUAGGUCGUUAUAACUAUGUUACACCAACAUCUUACCUUGAGCUGAUCAGCACUUUUAAGGCAUUGUUGAAUAAGAAACGAAGUGAAGUCAUGAAAGCCAAACGCCGCUACGAAAUAGGUCUUGAGCAACUUGUUUCCGCAGCAGAUCAAGUAUCAGCCAUGCAAUUAGAAUUGGAAAAUCUACAACCUCAACUUAAGCAAGCAUCCAAAGAGGUUGACGAUAUCAUGGUCGUUAUUGAGGCAGAGUCCAUUGAGGUUUCUAAAACUGAGAAAAUUGUUAAAGGAGAUGAAGCAAUAGCGAACGAGCAAGCUAAAGCAGCUAAGGCUAUCAAAGAUGAAUGUGAUGCAGAUUUAGCUGAAGCUAUGCCAGUACUAGAAGCUGCAUUAUCUGCACUAAACACAUUAACACAACAAGAUAUCACCUUCAUUAAAACCAUGUUAAAUCCUCCACAGGGAAUCAAGUUAGUCAUGGAGGCAAUUUGUAUUUUAAAAGGAGUCAAACCAGCUCUAUCUGUCGAUAAUGCCACCGGCAAACGCACUGAAGAUUAUUGGGCUCCAGCUAAGCGAUACCUACUAGGAGAUUCAAAUCUACUACGUUCAUUACAAAAUUAUGACAAGGAUAAUAUUCCAUCCAAUGUUAUAAGAAGAAUUAAUGAACGAUAUAUCGCCAAUCCAGACUUUGAUCCUGAAAAAAUUAAAGCCGCAUCUAUUGCUGCAGAAGGUCUAUGCAAGUGGGUUAUUGCAAUUAGCCGCUACGAUAAAGUGGCACGAUUGGUAGCUCCUAAGAAAGCAGCAUUAGCUGAAGCUGAAAAAGAGCUAGCGAAAGCUAUGGAUGCAUUAGAAAUAAAGAGAGCUAAUCUUAGAGAAGUCCAAGAUCGAUUAGCUAGUCUGAGAGAAAGAUUUGAAGCAAACACUCGCAAAAAGGAAGAUUUAGAAAAUCAAGUUGAACAAUGCUCGAAAAAAUUAGAUAGAGCGAGGCAAUUAUUAGGUGGUCUUGGAGGUGAAAAAGAUCGCUGGAGUGAAACAGCGCUGAAACUUGGUGAAACUUACUCUAACUUAACUGGUGAUACUUUAAUAUCAUCCGGUGUUGUAUCUUACUUAGGAGGAUUUACAUCUGCUUAUCGCCAAAAUCAAAUCAAUAAAUGGGUUGAUUUAUGUAAACAAGAAAAUAUUCCUUGUUCACCAGAGUAUUCUUUAACAACAACAUUAGGUGAUAGUGUUAAAAUUCGUCGAUGGAAUAUUGCAGGAUUGCCUACCGAUUCAUUUUCCGUUGAAAAUGCUAUCAUUAUCACCAAUUCUCGCCGAUGGCCUUUAAUGAUCGAUCCACAAGGUCAAGCUAAUAAAUGGGUUAAAAAUAUGGAAAAAAUCAACAAUUUACACACCAUUAAAUUAUCCGAUAAUGAUUAUAUCAGAACGUUGGAGAAUUGUAUACAGUUUGGAACACCGGUGCUUCUCGAAAAUGUUGGCGAGGAACUUGAUCCCAUUUUAGAACCAUUAUUGUUAAAGCAAACUUUCAAGCAGGGUGGUAGUAUUUGCAUUCGAUUAGGCGAUAGCACUAUCGAAUAUGCCAAGGAUUUCAGAUUCUACGUCACAACUAAAUUGCGAAACCCUCAUUUCUUGCCGGAGACAGCAGUAAAAGUUACUUUACUCAAUUUUAUGAUCACUCCAGAAGGAUUAGAAGAUCAAUUGCUUGGUAUCGUAGUAGCUAAAGAAAAACCAGAAUUAGAAGAAGAAAGAAAUGGAUUAAUCGUUCAAAGUGCUGAAAAUAGAAAACAGCUAAGAGAAAUCGAAGAUAAAAUCCUAGAGUUGUUAUCAGGCUCAGAAGGUAAUAUUCUAGAAGAUGAAACAGCUAUUACUGUUUUAUCCUCUUCCAAGGCUCUAUCUAAUGAGAUAUCUGAAAAGCAAGCCACUGCUGACGAAACUGAACGAGAAAUCAACAUAGCACGACUUAAAUAUAAACCGAUAGCUGAGCAUUCGUCCAUUUUAUUCUUUACUAUCGCCGAUCUUGCCAAUAUCGAUCCUAUGUAUCAAUAUUCUCUAACCUGGUUUGUUAAUCUUUAUGUUCACGCUAUCGAAAAUUCUGCAGCUUCCGAAGACAUUACUACCCGAUUAAAAAAUCUAACAGACCAUUUUACUUAUUCACUCUAUUGCAAUGUAUGCCGAUCACUCUUUGAAAAAGAUAAGUUAUUAUUUUCUUUCCUACUGGGUGUCAACUUAUUGCGAAGUAGGAAAGAAAUUGAAGAAAUAGAAUGGCGAUUUUUAUUAACUGGCGGUAUCGGUCUUGACAAUCCUAAUGAAAAUCCAACAACGUGGUUGCCUGCAAAAGCAUGGGAUGAAAUCUGUCGCUUGGAUGAAUUACCUAAUUUCAAAGGGAUACGCACUCGAUUCUCCAUUUAUAUUGAAAGAUGGAAAGAGAUCUAUGAUAGCUUUGAACCACAAAAUGAAGAAUUACCUGGUGAUUACUCUAGCAAACUACAUCGAUUCCAGAAAUUGUUAAUACUUCGCUGCUUACGACCAGACAAAGUGAUACCUGCUGUACUCGACUUUGUAGCGGAUAAACUAGGCAAAAUGUAUGUGGAACCGCCACCAUUCGACUUGGGGAAAGCAUUUGCUGAUUCACAUUGUUGUACACCAUUAAUAUUUAUAUUGUCGCCGGGUGCAGAUCCAACAGUUGCCUUGCUUAAAUUUGCUGAUGAUCAAGGAUUCGGUGGAAAUCGAUUUACUACGCUUUCUCUAGGGCAGGGUCAAGGCCCAAUUGCUAUGAAAAUGAUUGAUAGAGCGGUAAAAGAAGGAUCCUGGGUUAUGUUACAAAAUUGUCAUUUAGCAGCUUCCUGGAUGCCAACUCUUGAAAGGAUUUGCGAUGAAAUGAAUCCAGAUACAACCCAUCCAGAUUAUCGCUUAUGGCUAACGAGUUAUCCAUCCAAAGAUUUCCCUGUAGCUGUAUUGCAAAACGGUGUCAAGAUGACUAAUGAACCACCAAAAGGCUUGAAAUUAAACGUUUUAAGAUCAUAUAAUACCGAUCCUGUCAAUGAUCCAAGCUACUUUGAAAGUGUCAAGCAAGGUAAAUCGUGGAAAAAAUUGCUCUACGGUCUUUGCUUUUUCCAUGGACUUGUACAAGAACGACGUAAAUUCGGAGCUUUAGGAUGGAAUAUACCUUAUGAAUUUAAUGAAACAGAUCUCCGCAUUAGUGUCCAACAACUCCAUAUGUUCUUAAACGAUUAUGAAACAGUGCCAUUCGACGCUAUUCGAUACUUGACAGGAGAAUGCAAUUAUGGUGGUCGUGUAACGGAUGAUCGAGAUCGACGUUUAAUAAAAUGCAUCUUGAAUAAAUUCUACAAUCAAGAUAUCAUUAUAAAUGAUAAAUACACAUUUUCUCAAAGUGGAUCUUAUUAUGCACCAGCUGAAGGAAAAUAUGAGAGUUACUUGGAAUAUACUAAAUCUUUACCAAGUGCUGCCCGUCCAGAGGUAUUUGGAUUACAUGCUAACGCUGACAUUACCAAAGAUCAAAAGGAAACUUAUUCAUUAUUUGACAGUAUACUUUUAACUCAAGCAAAAACGACAACUAGUCAAGGUAAAUCAAGCGAUGAAAUUGUAUCCGAAGUGGCUACUGAUAUUUUAGCCAAAUUGCCAUCUGUUUACGAUACUGAAGCGGCACUACGCAAAUUUCCGACAACUUAUACACAAAGUAUGAAUACUGUUUUAGUUCAGGAAAUGACUCGAUUUAAUCAUUUAAUUCAAACUGUUCAUGCAAGCUUAGUUAAUGUACAGAAAGCUAUCAAGGGUUUAGUAGUAAUGUCUGCUGAUUUAGAGGAAGUAGUAAACAGCAUUCUUAAAGGUAAAAUUCCAAGUUUAUGGAUGAAAAAGUCAUAUCCCUCACUAAAACCAUUGGGAAGUUAUGUUAACGAUUUACUACAACGAUUAAAAUUCUUCCAGGAAUGGUAUGAAAUGGGAGAGCCCACUAUUUAUUGGCUAUCUGGAUUUUAUUUUACUCAAGCAUUCUUGACAGGAGCUCAACAAAAUUUUGCUAGAAAAUAUACUAUUCCAAUUGAUUUAUUAGGAUUUGAUUAUGAAGUCUUAGAGGAUAAAGACUAUGAAAACCCACCUUCAGAUGGCGUCUAUGUUCGUGGAGUAUUCCUCGAAGGUAGUCGGUGGGAUCGGCAGAAAAAGGCUUUAGCAGAAUCGCAUCCCAAAAUACUCUAUGAUGGUAUGCCUGUCAUAUGGCUUAAACCUUGCAAAAAAGAAGAUAUUCCAGAGCGUAAGGCUUAUGCUGCUCCGGUAUAUAAAACGAGCGAACGACGAGGAACAUUAUCUACAACUGGACAUUCAACUAAUUAUGUUAUUAGUAUGUCAUUGCCAACGGAAGAGCCACCUGAGCAUUGGAUUAUGAGAGGUGUUGCAUUGCUCUGCCAGCUAGAUAAUUAA